AUGGUUUGCGGGCAUGCAGGUCCGAUGCGUGCAGCGCUGUGGCUUCUGCUGCUUCUUUGCCAAUUGGCAUCGCCGGCUGCUUCCCAGAAGCCUCCAGGGCUCAGUGUGGGCGUGGUGAUGGGCCAGACCCGACUGGUCCCGGACCAGGAGCUCCGUCCCCCCCGGAGGCCAGACGAUGCCCUGGAUGUAUUGGUGGUGCCCUUAAGGAUCAACCAGACCGACCCAAAGUCUGUCAUCACACAGGUAUGUGAGUUGCUGUCACGGUCUCGCCUCCACGGCAUCGUGUUUGCUGACGGCACCGACCAGGAGGCCAUCGCUCAGAUCCUGGACUUCUUGUCUGUCCAGACCCAACUUCCUGUGCUAGGAGUGCACGGAGGCUCAUCAAUGAUCAUGGCCGACAAGGAUGAGAAGUCAACAUUCUUCCAGUUCGGCGCUGCUCUACAACAGGAGGCGCUCCUUAUGCUGGCCAUCAUGGAGGAGUACGACUGGCACGUCUUCUCCAUUGUCACUUCAAAAUUCCCCGGGUACCAAGACUUCAUCAGCACCCUCAGGGUCACUGUGGACCACAGCUUUGUACGUUGGGACCUCCAGAGUGUGGUGACUCUAGAUGCGGUGGACGGAGACCCCAACUCCAAGUCUCAUAUCGCUCUCAAGAGAAUCCAGAGUCCUGUCAUUCUCCUGUACUGCUCCAAGGACGAAGCUGUCUAUAUUCUGGAGGAAGCGCGCUCACUGGGCCUGAUCGGAGCUGGUUACAUUUGGAUCGUGUCCAGUCUCACAACGGGAAACCCUGACUUUACCCCAGAGGCGUUUCCUCUCGGCAUGAUUUCGGUGUCCUACGAUGACUGGGAAUACCCGCUGGAGACGCGGGUACGGGAUGGUGUGGGCAUCAUCUCGUCAGCCGCCACUGCCAUGCUUCGGGAGAAGGGUGAACUGCCUGAAGCACAGGGUGGCUGCUACAGUACUCCGUCGGACCGCAGCCCGGGAAAGCUACCACCCAGCGCCUUACGCAGACACAUGAUGCACGUGUGGAAUGAUGGCAGAGAUUUGUCCUUCACUCCUGAUGGUUAUCAGGCUAACCCCAAGCUGGUGGUCAUCGUCUUGAACAGCGAGAGGACAUGGGAGAAGAUGGGUCGUUGGGAGAACGGCACACUGUCAUUGAUGUUUCCCGUGUGGCCGCGCUACAACUCACAUGGUGACGAGGAUGCAGAUGAGAACCACCUGUCCAUUGUCACCCUGGAAGAGAAACCCUUUGUCAUUGUGGACAACGUAGACAUCCUCACUGGGACCUGCAUGAGGAACUCAGUACCCUGUCGCAAACACGUCAAAGAUAACAGCACAUCGGGGGGCUCAUACAUCAAGCAGUGCUGCAAGGGCUUUUGCAUCGACAUCCUCAAGAAGAUCGCCCGCAAUGUUAAGUUCACAUACGACCUGUACCUGGUCACCAAUGGCAAGCACGGAAAGAAGAUCAACAACGUCUGGAACGGCAUGGUGGGAGAGGUGGUGUACAAGAAAGCCGCCAUGGCCGUGGGCUCUCUGACUAUCAACGAGGAGAGGUCAGAGGUCAUUGACUUCUCCGUGCCCUUUGUGGAAACGGGCAUUAGCGUCAUGGUGUCACGCAGCAAUGGUACUGUCUCACCUUCAGCCUUCCUUGAGCCCUUCAGCGCAUCUGUUUGGGUGAUGAUGUUUGUGAUGCUGCUCAUCGUAACGGCCAUCGCUGUCUUCCUUUUCGAGUUUGUCUCUCCGCUGGGCUUCAACCGCAAUUUGGCUCAAGGCAAAGAUCCUCAUGGUCCGUCGUUCACCAUCGGCAAGGCCAUUUGGCUGCUGUGGGGUCUGGUCUUCAACAACUCUGUUCCGGUGCAGAACCCCAAAGGCACCACCAGCAAGUUCAUUGUGUCUGUGUGGGCCUUCUUUGCUGUCAUCUUCUUGGCCUCUUACACUGCCAACCUGGCCGCCUUCAUGAUCCAGGAGGAAUUUGUGGACCAGGUCACCGGACUCUCCGACAAGAAGUUUCAGAGUCCCUACUCGUACUCGCCGCCCUUCCGAUUCGGCACUGUGCCCAACGGAAGCACGGAGCGCAACAUCCGCAAAAACUAUCCAGACAUGCACCAGUAUAUGACCAAGUACCACCAGACUGGAGUGCAAGAUGCCCUCGUGAGCCUCAAAACCGGGAAGCUGGAUGCAUUCAUCUACGACGCGGCGGUGCUCAACUACAUGGCUGGCCGAGAUGACGGCUGCAAGCUGGUGACAAUCGGCAGCGGCUACAUCUUUGCCACCACCGGAUACGGCAUCGCGCUGCAGAAGGGCUCCUAUUGGAAGAGGCUGGUGGACCUCGCCAUCCUUGGCAUCAUUGGCGACGGCGAAAUGGAGGAGCUGGAGGCACAGUGGCUGACGGGCAUUUGCCACAAUGAGAAAAACGAGGUGAUGUCUAGUCAACUGGACGUGGACAACAUGGCCGGCGUCUUCUACAUGCUGGCCACCGCCAUGGGUCUUUCCAUCCUCACCUUCAUCUCCGAGCAUCUCUUCUACUGGCGUUUGCGGUACUGCUUCACUGGCGUUUGCUCCGGACGCCCCGGACUGCUCUUUACCAUCAGCAGGGGCAUUUGGAGCUGCAUCCACGGUGUUCACAUCGACAUGAAGAAAAAAGCACCCGAGCUGGACUUCAGCCCUCAGGCCAACAUGCUACACCUGCUCAAAUCGGCCAAAUCCAUCGCUAUGUCGUCGCCCAAACGCAACACAGUGCUGCUGCAGCCCAGCAUCCUCGAUGUCAUGACGGGAAAAGGUAACCCGCUGCACAGCCUCGCUCCAAAGGGUCCUGGUCUCUAUAGCAACGCUGGUGGUCCGCAGGCCUUCCUGUCUCUAUCUGGACGCCACAAGAACCUCCUGAACAAUGCAGCACCCUUUCCGGCUCCACAGAAGGCACCUGGUCACCAGACAAGCCCCACCAACAAGCCGCAGCUGUCUGUCACCAAUGAUAACGGCAAGACCCGCCCUAGCCCUGGAGGCCCACCAUCCAAGCCCCGUGCCCUCUGGAAGAAAAGUGUUGAGACCUUGAAGACGCAGCCCACAGGGGCGGCACCAGGCGGCGGCCCUAGCCCAUCCACGACUGCGGCAGCACCCCCAGCUAUGAAGAGUCAACGCUAUCUCCCGGAGGAACCACCACCCCCGCCCCACUCGGACAUCUCAGAGUGCUCCAGCCGCCCCGCGUCGCACAAAGACUCUGACUCUAUGGUGGCAAGGGGGGGGUUCAAGUCCGUUAACCAUCUUAGGAAACGGGGAGGUGGCGGUGGGGGAGGCAACGGGUCCAAGAUUUACUCCAUCGAUUCAGACCAAGCCAGCCUGCAGUCGGCACCGCCCUACCAGCGUGACAGUCAAGGGGGUAGCGACGAGUGCCCGUACCCACCCGACCUAUUCCCCACUGAUGGCACGUACUCACACAAGAGUGAUGCACCCAUCCUGCAGUUAAGCGCAUCCUUACUGCACCACAGCCACAGCGCAGAGGCAGACCUGCACUCAAUGAAGGACAAGAAGUAUAGCACCUACACCCACAGCAGUGCAAAGGACAAGUCUAGCAGCUCAUUUGAGGCCCCUGGUUCGGCUAUCGGCUCUCAGGGCGUGCGCCCGGGCCACUGCCGCUCCUGCCUGACCAAGCUGAGCGGCUACUCAGGUCUAUAUACGGUGCGUGCCCCGCAGGCGCGCUGUGAUGCCUGCGCCCACCUAGGCAACCUGUACGACAUCAGCGAGGACCACCUGAAUUACUCAAAUGCUGCCGAUAUGUUCGCACACUUCCUGCCCCAGAGCCAGUUGGGUAUGGUUGGCGAGGGUGAUGACCUCGUCAGCCACUUCGAGCCAGCACCCUGCUCGCCGUCUGCACUGACUGCUGCCUCCUCACCAGUGGCGCAGCAUUUGCAGCUCAGUCGCCAGCACUCUUACGAAAACGUGCUUCCGGAUGGUGUCACCCAACUGCGGGGCCUGAGCCUACCCGAUCGGGACCGGGAGAUGACCUUGGACGAGGGCGCCUAUGCCAACGUGCUCACCAUGCGCUCUGACCGACCCUUCAGCGGGCGUAGUCCGCCCUCACCCUCGCCCUCUCACCACCACAGCUUGGACGCCCCCCUACCCAUGCCCCGCCGCUCCAAGAGCCUCUUCCCUGACCGUCCCUCACACAACCCCUUCCUCCAGUCAGCACCCGGUACAGCGCAGCGGGAAUCCACCGUUCACGCCCAUACUGUCGCCCAGACCGCAACCCGACCACUCUACAAGCAGCGCCUGCCUCUCUCGCUUACCCUGGGCAAACAUGGAGGCCAACAUGCUAACCACCACGUGGACCCACAGGUGUUCUAUCCCCAACUGGAGCCCCCCGUGGUGGCCUAUAUGGUUCCGCCCGCCGCCGCCGCCCAGCCCAUGAGCUAUGUUACGGCGCCACGAGCUUCCAGCGCCGGCGGUAACCGGCCUCGCUUGUACCGACGCAUGCCCAGUAUCGAGUCUGACGUGUAA